AUGAAGCGCUCUUCGCUCGAUGCUGGCCUCGAAGCCCGUCCCCAAGACCGUCGCCACUCAGUUGUGUCUGAUGGCCGGCCAACUCCGCCGAAAAUAUCCAAAGCCCGCGCCUGUGCAGAGUGUAAACGCCACAAGAUACGAUGCGAAUUCAGAGCAGGCGAUGCAAGCUGCACGAAAUGUCUUCGCAGCGGGAUCAAGUGUGUUGUGAAUGACUUCUCGCAGAAGUUUGUUGAUGACGAUGGGGUAUGGAAAUCGCAAGCAUCAGCCACGAUCCAACAACUUCAAGAAGCCGUGUCGCAUCUUCUUCGCCAAGGAGGGCUCCCAGAGCUCUCAACCUACGGAGUUAGUGACAGCCCCAGUGGCCCGUCCCCAGCCGCGCCUGCAUAUUAUGUCGCAAAUCGCCCUUUGAUAAACGAUUCACCAUCGGAUGUGAAACCCGAUGGACCGGGGCUUGUGGUGACGCGAGAGCCCUCACAGGAGCCGGAUUUACAGGACCGAGAAUUGGUGCCAGCCCCCAUGCGGAGUCUCUAUGAGGUGACGAAGCUACGUGACCUGCGCCACAAUCAUAUUGAGCAACCGAAGUUGACGCUUCUCGAGGAAGACUUCAUUUCUCGAGGCGUUAUAUCCUUACAGGAGGCUGAGGAGCUCUUCGCAUAUUUCAGCCGGACAAUGAACCAACUACUAUGGGGUGGAAUAAUUCUCGUACACCGUGAUCUCACCUCGGUGCGACGGGCUUCGACAUUGCUGGCGGCAGCAGUUCUCACCGUGGCAGCGCUGCAUAUCCCCAACCGCACCGAGACAUUGAAUCGAUGUUAUAGCGAGUAUGUGGCGCUGGUAUCAAGCAUGUCACUGACACGAGCUCAUACUUUGGACGAUGUUCGAGCGCUAUGCGUGGGGGCAUUUUGGUUGUCUGAGUUGAGUUGGAAGUUGUCCGGCCAUGCCGUGCGUAUAGCUACAGAGUUAGGCCUUCACCAAAGCUACCAGAAGAUGAUGCGUGGACACACUGAUCAAUACGAGAGAGCCCAAUUAUGGUAUUUACUCUAUGUUUGUGACCACCAUUUCAGUAUAGCUUACGGUCGACCACCUGUCAUUCACGAGGACUUGGCGAUCAAAAACUACGAAAAUUUCCUCCAGGCACCAAUGGUUGUUCCUGGUGAUAUCCGACUGUUAGCACAGGUGGCUCUAUUUAUGAUUUUGACGGAGGCAUAUCGAACCUUCGGAAGCGAUACCGAACAAGCAUUGACGGAGGAGGACUUCGGCCAAUUACGUGUCUACAAUGUCGCCAUAGAUCAAUGGCGACUUCUAUGGCAACCGCGAUCUGCCGAUAGUCCCUAUGUUCGAACCUAUCCUUCGAAAGGAGUAGUCCUUCACUACCACUUUGCCAAGUUCCAGCUCAAUUCCCUCUCUCUACGUGCCCUAUCUCCAACCAAUACGCCAGUUUUCUCCAUGGACCGCAAGGAAUCGGCCAAUAUUGCGAUUUCGUCUGCCAUGGCCUGUCUAAACAUGGUCCUGGAGGAACAAGACAUUCGUGAUGCAAUUGUUGGAGUUCCUAUUUUCACACAUACUAUGGUUACCUUUUCUGCUGUCUUUCUUUUGAAGGUGGCUGUUAACUGGAACUCGGCAUACUUGAGCCUGGAUAGUGGUCAAGUGCGGAGUCUGGUGGAGCGAGUAAUUGAUCUGUUGAAUUGUGUCUCCGCAGGCGAGAGACACUUGACAAGACAUAUCGCUCGCGGUUUGAGCAAGAUGUUGGAGCGGUUUGACUCCUGGGAUAUGGCUAAUGGAGGAGUCGCAGGUGCAGUGGGCGAACGUCCAGGGAGCGGCGUUCCUGGUGGUGCGAAUGCAAUGGCUCAAGGGUUCCCGCCUCCAGAUCUGAUCUACGACAUGGUAGGGACGUACGGAUUUGGGUUGGAUGAGAAUUUGCUUGAUCCUAGUAUGGCCAAUUUUGAAUAUCUGGCGCAGUGA